AUGACAGACACUCAGAGCGACCGAGGGUAUCAACUUGGUGUUGAUGUGGGAGGUACAUUUACGGACGUGUUCGUCUUCGCGCCCGAUGGCCGGACUGUUCGCGCGAAGGUUCCGACCACGAUUCCGGAUCAGAGUAUUGGCAUUCAGAAUGGAAUUUCCAAGGCUCGCAAGAUACUCCAAGACCAGUUCGGAUGGUCGGGGAAAUUUCAAUUCAUUCAUCAUGGCACAACCACUGCCACUAACGCAGUUCUUGAAGGGAAGGGAGCUCGUACCGCGCUAGUUGUCACUGCGGGCCACAAAGACAUUCUGGCGCUGCGCCGGUCCCAAAUCCCUGGAGGCCUGGGCGCAUGGCUUCAUUGGACGCCACCGGAGCCGAUUGUACCUCUCGAGCGUGUUGUGCAAUGUAAGGAGCGCAUGUCGGUUCACGGUGAAGAAGUCACGCCCGUGGAUGUGGACCACUUGAGGCAAGGCCUCAGAGAAUUGGCGGGCCAGGAGCCAGAGGCAAUCGCAAUCUCUCUCUUGAACUCUCACAGCAACAGUGCUCAUGAGCUAGAAGUUCAACAGAUCGUUCGCGAAGAGCUCGGUGCUGAUGUUGCGAUUAUCUGCUCUGCCGACGUUCUUCGUGAGGUCGGCGAGUAUGAGCGGACUGUGACCACAUGCACCAACACUCUGGUCAAGCCGGUGGUCCAAACAUACCUUGAGAACCUGUCAAAAACGCUCGUUGCAGAAAGUGAGACAAUCCGAGUCUUGAAAAGUGAUGGAGGGCUGACAAGUCUGACCCUUGCAUCGGAGCUCCCCGUCAACAUCCUGAUGUCAGGUCCCGCUGGCGGCGUGAAGGGAGUUGCAGAUGUGGUCGCUCAAAGCACGCCCUAUAAGAACUUGAUCACACUGGAUAUGGGCGGGACGUCCACAGACUGUGCCUUAAUCUAUAAUGGUCGACCUCAGCUCCGAAGAGAGACCGUGGUAGACAAUCUCUCUGUGCGAGCUCCGGCAGUAGAUAUCAAGACGGUCGGGGCGGGCGGUGGCUCCAUCACGACCUACAUGGAGCUCACGGAAACUCUGCGCGUUGGGCCCGAUAGCGCGGGCGCAGUACCCGGACCUGCAUGUUACGGCAAAGGCGGGUAUCAAGCGACGGUCACCGAUGCAAACCUGGUCCUCGGUUACCUGCCCAAGACUCUGUUGGACGGCGAGUUCACGCUGGAUGUGAAGGCGGCCAUCGCAGCCGUUGAGAGUGUCGCUUCUCAGAUGAAACUCCCCGUGACGCAAACUGCAGAGGAUAUUAUCAACAUUAUCAAUGAGGCAAUGUAUGGUGCAUUGCGACUAGUGUCGGUGGAACAGGGAUAUGACCCGCGAGAAUUCGCGCUGGUCGCCUUUGGAGGUGCUGGACCUCUGCACGCCAAUGCCGUUGGCGAACUUUUGGGGGCAUGGCCGGUCAUCAUUCCCCCCUCGCCGGGAAUUUUGUGCGCUCAGGGUGAUGUGACGACCAAGCUUCGGCAUGAACAGUCUACAACGUUCAUUCGUCUGGCGUCUGAGACAACGCUGGAAGGGAUUCGAGAGCAGUACAGUAUCUUGGAGAAGCAGUGCCGAGACACACUGAAGCGAUCUUCAGGAGAGGCUUGGCCUAUAGCCUGGAAGGUUGGAUAUCAGGUAGACCUCCGAUAUAAGGGACAGGCCUUGACGAUUACAAUUGAUCUUACACCAGAUGAGCUCGAGGUUGAUACGACUGGGUGGCACAAAAUUUUGCGAACAAAGUUUGAUCAACAACAUCAACAAUUGUUCACUUAUACUCUCGCUGACUUUGAACUUGAAUUAAUGCGCUUGGGUAUAGUCCUUGAGGAUGCGUCACCUAGUAUCGAUAUCCCAGAGAUUGGCAAGGCUAUCAAAACUGAGCCAUCAGCUGAAGCAAAGCUUGGAGAACAAACAAUUAUAUUCCAGGGAAAACAGCAUAAAGCCACAAUGUGGAGUCGUGAAAAACUCUCGAAGCAAGGUGUUCAAAUCCAAGGGCCAUCUAUCAUUUCAGAAAUGGACAGCAAUACCCUGAUUCUGCCAGGUUACUAUGGCGAGAUUGAUAGCAUUGGAAAUAUUUUGAUCAAUCCAAUGGAGAAGGCGCCAUACGAUGUCACAAAUCAUACAGCCGACUCGGCCAGAAAGCUUGUCAAAGAUAGCCCUUUGGUUCCCACGCUAAUCUCGGCCACACUUGGCUCGAUUCGAGGUGAAAUGGACAAAAUGAUGCUGCGCUGCAGCAUGUCCCCUGCAAUCAGGGAGCAACAGGACGAAUUUAAUGUCAUUACGGAUGCCAGUGGCAAAAUGCUCGUUGGACAAUUUGGCAGUUUCAUCACAGAGUUCCUCAAUAUCUGGCACGGCACCAUUGAGGAGGGAGACGUGUUUGUCACAAAUGAUACCUACCAAGUACAAGGAGCUAUCAGCCAUCUCAACGAUGUGAUUGUAUUUUUGCCAAUCUUUCAUGAGCAUCGCUUGAUCGGUUACGCGUCGCAAUUUGGCCACCUAACAGAUGUUGGAGGUAUAGUACCCGGGAGCAUGUCCAUCAAUGCCACGUCCGUUUUUGACGACGGUGUUCAAAUCCCCUGCAUCAAGCUAUAUUCCAAUGGGGUGAUGAACUCUGAUCUAGUUGAGCUGCUCUGCCGAAACUCUCGCCAGCCAGCAUGGUAUCGCUCCGAUCUUACUGCAAUUGUAGCAGCGUGCUCCAUGGCUGCUACUCGGGUUCGUGAAUUAGUAACGCGGUUUGGACAAGAAGUAUACUUGGCUGCAUGUGAUGAACUUCUUUAUCGGAACCGUACUGGACUCGCAAAAAUUGUGGAACGACAAUUCGAUGACAAGGAAAGCCAGUUCACCGAUUUUGUGGAUGAUGAUGGCCAUGGUGUCGGACCUUGGGCCCUCAGCUGCUCUAUGAAGAAGGUAGAUGGCAACCGAUUGCUAUUUGACUGGACUGGCACCUCUCCUCAGAGUCAGCAUAGUAUCAACUUCUUCCUAUCUGAAACUAUGUUCAAGAUGUUCAUCGGAUACUACUUGAUCGCGGCGGCAGCGCCUGGUACGGUUAUCAACGAUGGGUUUCACGACUUGAUUGAUGUCCAUAUACCUGAGGGUACCAUCCUAAAGCCUCUUCGCCCUGCACCUAUUUCUUGCCGUACCCAUCUUCUCGGGCGCACGUUGGAUAUCGUACAGGCUCUGAUCGGACAGAAGAAUGAUGCCUACCAGGCUGCAGCCGGUUUUAGCGACUCUCCACAUUUCUUCUACUCUGGUUUCAAACCUAAUGGCGAAUGGUAUCAGCUUUACCAAAUUGGGUUUGGAGGCGUGCCUGCACGACAGGCUGGUGAUGGCCCCGAUUGCCAUUGCCUUUUCCCAGCUAUAAAGUCUAUCCCUACGGAGAGCAUUGAGCUUAACUACCCAUUACGUAUUGAAGCCAAUGAAAGCGUUGCGGAUAGCGGUGGACCGGGGUUCUACCGUGGUGGCAAUGCACAGCGCACUUUAUAUCGGUUCCUGGCAAGAGGUGAAUUCAGUCUACAUGAUGAUCGAUGGUUCACCAAGCCAUGGGGCCUCAAGGGUGGAAAACCUGGUCAACGAUCUCGAAAAGUGCUUUAUAGAUACUCUAAAUCAGCCGACAGCCCGCCCACAGAAGUGUUGCCAUCGAAAUGCGAUCAUAUUCGCGUGGACCCUGGAGACCUUCUUGAGUGGGUAACUUGGGGAGGGGGCGGACUUGGGGAUCCACUGACACGACCGGUUGAAAAAGUAGCACAGGAGGUGCAUCGGAAAUCGGUCACGGUUGAGGGAGCACACCAAGGAUACGGAGUUGUUGUGAACAAGGAUUUCACAGUUGAUCUGAAAGAGACCGAAAGGCUACGAUUGCAAAUGAAGACGGAGCGUAGUAACCUGCAAUCCUUGUCGAUUUAUGACCGCGGCGGAAGCCUUGAGGCUCUACGAGAAUCGUGUUUGCAGGAGACAGGACUGGAAGCGCCUCGCCCUCAGUGGGAGACAGACUUGUAUGGUCCACAUUCGGGUGUAGAAUAUGUGAAGGAGUGGUACGCCCGCAUGAGGAUUCAGAAGGGGUGGGAGAUAAGCUGA